UAGACUUUCUUUCAACACAAACAGUGUGAUUAUCAGCUUUAUCGGGACGUCGCCACUGUACUACUUUUUUUCUUCUGUACAUUUCUUCUUUCAAUUUCUUGCACCUAUGUUCACCUGCACGAAAUAUUCGAAACUUACGACAGGUUGUUUAGAUUCAAUGAGACAGAUUAAUUUCAAUCAUGGCUGAGACAUUGUACAUGGUUUUUAUGUAUGGGACUCUGAAAAAAGGUCAACCAAAUGAGUACUUUAUGAAUUCACUACCAUGUGUAGAGUUUCUAGGUCUAGCAGAAACCUGUAAGAAGUACCCGUUAAUAAUAAAUAGAGAUCAAUGGAACUUACCUAUGUUAUUGAACAGGGAGGAAAAGGGCAAGGCAGUGAAAGGGGAAGUAUAUCAAGUUAACGAUGAUUCCCUAAAAGAACUUGACCGUUUUGAAGGACAUCCAGAAUUUUACGAGAGGACAGAAAUAGAAGUUGAAUUAAUAAAAGAUAGCAAGGUGGUGAGAUGUUGGACAUAUUUCAUAAAAGACUUCAAAGAAGAUGUUCAACAAGAAUACUUAUCUCACUAUGAUAGUACUGGUGAUCAUGGCUUGGAAUAUGACCAACGAGAGAAUGAUGAACAUCCAAGCCAAUCUUGACGCAAACUGUUGGGUAGGAUUAGAGACCUUUAUAGAGACCUUUAUUAUUAUAUAUGGUUAGAAUAUAUUGUUUAUAAAGACUGUGAUAACAUAAUUUACAUAUGAACUUUACAUUCCUGUAUAAUAUUAAUGAAGUAUUUAGUUGUCAAUAUAAAAACAUUGUAUGUGCAAUGAAUAUGUGUGCAUGUUGGAUUUUAUAAUAAAUUCUUAAGCAUG